AUGUCUUGGAGACGGGAGCAAGAGCUGGAGCGCGUUGGAAUCGAUGAGCCCGAGGCACCUCGAAAAGUACCCAAGAACGAGGUGUCGCUGGACAGGGCCAAUGAUGCCUGCUGGCUGGUCAAGUGCACGCCGAGCGUGUGGAAAGCUUGGGAAGGCCUGGAAGAAGGAGCGAAGCUGGGCGAGCUGGUGGUGAAGACAGUCAAGAGAAAAAAACCGGACGGCUCUAUUGUGGAGGAGCAGACCAUGCAGGUCAAGCCCGGGGGGAUGGUGACACACUUCAAGGGGGGGGCCAAGGCCAAGCUGGGGGACUAUUGGUUGUCGACGGAGCGGAACAUAGAGGACUCGCUAGCCUUCACCAGACCAAAAAGCGGGGCAACAGGUACGACAGCGAUCGUGUCCACCAUCAAGAGGCAGUACCUCAUGCAGCCGGAAGUGGGCUCGGCCUACACCAAAGUGGUCAAGACUCGGUUGGUGGCCAACACCAUCAAGGCGCGGACGACCGAGCCGGUGGCCAUGUCGGAGGUGCACAAGGCCGCGAGGGACAACAUGAACCGAAAAGGGACGGCGUUCGACGCUGCUUUCCACGCCGCGCAACAGUGGAUGGCCCCAGCCAUGAGAGAAAAAUAG